CAGCUGGAGACUCUGAGCGCGCUGGACUACGAGAGCCCAGGGAGCGCCUAGAAGCUAGCUGCUCCUCGGAGAUGCCUUCGCCUGAGCAGUAAGAACUUCCUGCUUGAGUCCCUGCAUCCCCUCCCCAGUUGAAACUCCCCAGGAAAGAGGGGCGUAAGACCCCAGGGGGAGGGGCGAGGGGGAUACUGGCGCAGCUCUUUCUCCCCUCCCCUCCUCUGCCGGGCGCGCAGGCAUGGAUGUGCUCAGCCCCUUACAGGGCAACAACACCACGUCGUCCCAGGGUCCCUUCGGGGCACGCGCCAACGCUACUGGCAUCUCCGACGUGACCUUCAGCUACCAAGUGAUCACCUCUCUGCUGCUGGGCACGCUCAUCUUCUGCGCGGUGCUGGGCAAUGCGUGCGUGGUGGCCGCCAUAGCCUUGGAGCGCUCCCUGCAGAACGUGGCGAACUAUCUUAUAGGCUCGCUGGCCGUCACAGACCUCAUGGUGUCGGUGCUGGUGCUGCCCAUGGCCGCGUUGUACCAGGUGCUCAACAAGUGGACUCUGGGACAGGUCACCUGUGACCUGUUCAUCGCCCUCGACGUGCUGUGCUGCACCUCGUCCAUCCUGCACCUGUGCGCUAUCGCGCUGGACAGGUACUGGGCCAUCACAGACCCCAUCGACUACGUGAACAAGAGGACGCCCCGGCGCGCAGCUGCACUCAUCUCGCUCACCUGGCUCAUUGGCUUCCUCAUCUCCAUCCCGCCCAUGCUGGGCUGGCGUACCCCGGAAGACCGCUCGGACCCCGACGCGUGCACCAUCAGCAAGGACCAUGGCUACACUAUUUACUCCACCUUUGGCGCUUUCUACAUCCCGCUGCUGCUCAUGCUGGUUCUCUACGGGCGCAUCUUCCGAGCCGCGCGAUUCCGCAUCCGCAAGACAGUCAAGAAGGAGGAGAAGAAGGUAGCCAACAACCGCCUUGGGGCGUCGCCAGCCCCGCAGCCCAGAAAGAGCGUAAAUGGUGAGCCGGGUAGCAAAGACUGGAGGCAUGGCAUGGAGAACAAGGCAACAGGGGCUCCGUGCGCCAAUGGAGCCGCGAGACAGGGCGAAGAAGGAGCCGCCCUGGAGGUGAUCGAAGUGCACCGGGUGGUCAACUCCAAAGAGCACCUGCCGCUGCCCAGCGAGGCCGGUGCUGUCCCCUGCGUCCCCGCCUCCUUCGAGAAGAAAAAUGAGCGCAACGCCGAGGCCAAGCGUAAGAUGGCCCUGGCCCGCGAGAGGAAGACGGUGAAGACGCUGGGCAUCAUCAUGGGCACCUUCAUCCUCUGCUGGUUGCCCUUCUUCAUCGUGGCCCUGGUCCUGCCCUUCUGCGAAAGCAGCUGCCACAUGCCCACCCUGUUGGGCGCCAUAAUCAACUGGCUGGGCUACUCCAACUCUCUGCUCAACCCUGUCAUUUACGCCUACUUCAACAAGGACUUCCAAAACGCAUUUAAGAAGAUCAUCAAGUGCAAGUUCUGCCGCCGAUGAUGAUGGAGGAGUA